AUGAAUAUUGAGGGAAGCUGGAAAAGUUUGGGCUUGUUCAGUAAAAUUUUACGGUUGAAUGGGAUAAAUUUAAGGAAUGCUAUCGAGCAUUUAUCUAUUGGGUUGAGUCUUGAGACCUCAAAUAUUGAGUGUUUAUAUUUACGAGCUUCUUGCUACCACGCCAUUGGAGAAUUUAGAGAAGCGGUUAAGGAUUACGAUGCUGCUCUGGAUCUUGAGCUAGACUCGAUGGAAAAGUUUGUGCUUCAAUGCCUGGCCUUCUACCAGAAAGAAAUUGCUUUGUACACUGCUUCAAAGAUCAACAGUGAAUUUUGCUGGUUUGAUAUUGAUGGAGAUAUUGAUCCCCUCUUUAAGGAGUAUUGGUGCAAAAGAUUGCACCCGAAAAAUGUAUGUGAAAAAGUUUACAGGCAACCUCCCUUGCGAGAUUCUCUGAAGAAGGGCAAGCUGAAAAAGUUAGAAUUUCCCGUCACGAAGCAGAAGACUGCUCUUCUACUGGCUGCAGAUUCUCUGGGGCAGAGAAUUCAAUAUCAUUGCCCAGGCUUCUUGUCCAAUAGGCGUCAGCAUCGUAUGGCGGGAUUAGCUGUUAUUGAGAUUGCACAAAAGGUCUCUAAGACUUGGCGUGCUUUGCAAGCAGAAUGGAAAUCUUCUAAUAGAAGUAAUUCAAAAAAUAGCAAGAAAGCCAGAAGAAAGGAAAAACUCAAUGCUCUUAUUAGCCAGAAUAGAGGUGGUGCUGGCUGUAGUACUAGCAGUUUCUCAGAAACAUCAAGUUCUAUGGAAGAUAGGUCUUUGGUCCGUUCUACGAUGACAUGGCAUGAUGUUUAUUCCAUGGCUGUCAAGUGGAGACAGAUCUCUGAACCUUGUGACCCAGUUGUAUGGGUUAACAAGCUAAGUGAGGAGUUCAUUUCUGGAUUUGGGUCUCAUACUCCACUUAUCCUUGGGCAAGCUAAAGUUGUUCGCUACUUUCCAAAUUUUCAAAGAACAUUAAACGUUGCCAAGGCAGUCAUUAAGGAGAAAAAGUGUGUAAACAGUAAGGAAGACAAAAUCAUUGAUCUGUCUGAAGAUGGGAAAUUACAAGAAAUAAUGGAUGCAGAAUCGUGCUCCGAUCUUCACAGAGUUGUGGGUGAAGACUUCUGGUUGGCUACUUGGUGCAACAGCACAGCACUAGAGGGGAGGCGUCUUGAAGGAACAAGGAUCACCCUAGUGCAAAAGGGAGAAAAAGGAUUUGAUUUUGCAAUUAGAACCCCUUGUACACCUGCUAGAUGGGAUGAUUUCGAUGCAGAAAUGACAGUGGCAUGGGAAGCUAUUUGCGAUGCAAUAGGUGGUGAAACUUUUGGGUCAACAGAUUUCAGUGUGCUUGAAAAUGUGAGAGAUGCAAUACUAAGGAUGACAUAUUACUGGUACAACUUUAUGCCACUUUCCAGAGGAUCUGCUGCGGUUGGUUUCGUAGUUUUGCUUGGAUUAUUUCUCGCUGCUAAUAUGGAGUUCACUGGGAGCAUUCCAGAAGGUCUGCAGGUGGAUUGGGAAGCCAUUUUGAACUUUGAUCCUAACAAGUUUGUGGAGUCUGUAAAGAGUUGGUUGUAUCCAUCUCUCAAGGUCACUACGUCUUGGAAAGCUUAUCCUGAUGUGGCAUCAACAUUUGAGACAACAGGAUCAGUCAUUGCUGCCUUGAGCUCCUAUCCCAGAAUCCUUACUGAGAGAUAAGACAUAUUCAGAAGCGUAAACAUGUUCUUAAUCAAAAUUGGGGAGCAAAUUACCUGACAAUUGGCUUUCUCUUGAGUGGUUUGCUUCGGGAAUGUGAUACACAAGAGGAAAGUGGUGAUCACAACUAAUCAGAUUCUUUCUCCUACUUACAAGUUUGUGUUGUUGUGCAUUAUUUUUCAGUACUGCCCAUAUAUAAGAAACCUGUAAGGUAUGUAUUUUUAGUGUAUUUGUAUUCCUUCCCGAUCUUAGCCAAUGCCUUUCUCACGUAGAAUGAUUUCAUAAUCUCCGAAUAAAAAUUCGCAUUACUGGUGAAUACUUAACAUUUUAAUUACUUCUUAGAGGUGCU